AUGUACUUUCUAAUCCUCGUCUCUAACGGUUUCUUCUUUCUCCUUGUUUAAAUGCAGUCGUUUGACUUUUUAUCAUUUUUAAUCCUGUAUUGCCUCCUGCUGGCAAAACAGAAGUACUGAACAGUCAACUUAAGAAGGAAAUUAUUAGAAUUAACCGUAACGUUCCAAUAAUAUAUUGUAGCUAUAUACAUAGGAGAAUUCUGCUAAUAUGAAAACAAAAUUGCAUGCAGAAUUAUAUCCAAUUUAUCGACAAAAUGUACAAAUGUUUUACUACCAGAAAGUCCUGCUCAGGUUCUGACAGUCAGCGAUGGCAUCGACUUCCGGGUGUAGUGCACUACACCUCCCGUCGUGCAUUCCGGUCAUUUCCAUAGCAGCGGCCCGUUGUUGUUGUCGGUCUCCAUCAUGGACAACCAGAGCAGAGUGUUUGCCACCAUACUGCCUGCUGUGAGCAGAGAGUUUGACGGCCAUGGGAAUGAGCAGGGACUGGAAGUACGAACAGUUCACCGACACAGUCCCGGUAGCCGUACCAGGAUGGUCCAGGUCACGGGAGCAGCCGAGCUCCGGUGCCCAGCGGAUCAAGCCUCUGUCCGCAUCAGUGUCAGCAGCAGUAAGGAUUCAGUGAGCGAGGUCACUGAUAGCGUUUCCAGACGGACACAGUACAUUCUACAGUCCCUCAGACAACAUGGCGUCUGUGUUGAAGACACAUCAACGAGUAAGCUUCUCCGCAGGGAGGAGGACUCCUACCACAUGGAGGCUGAGGUCACCGUAACGUUCUCGGAUUUUGAGAAGAUGGGAACAGUGUGUGGGGUCCUGCUGGAGAAGUUGGACAAGAGUGUCUGUGUGGGACUGCCGCACUUUUACCACAGUGAGGGAUGCCUGAGUCAACUGAGGAAGAGGGUGUGUGUGUCUGCGGUUGAAAAUGCCCAGCAGAAGGCCAGUGAUGUCAGCCGGCUCCUUGAACAGAGUCUGGGUCCCCCCCUGCUGAUCAGAGAAGAGGAGACAAGGGAGUGGAGACACGAAGAAGAGCAGGACUCUGUCUCUUCUUCUCAUUUACUCCGUCCACCAACAAUCACUGCAUCCACACGGGUGACGGUCACUUUUGGCCUCAAAGACAGAAACAAGAAAAAACACUGAAGACGUUUGUCACAA